CAUGACUCCUUACAGCGAAGCGAGAAAGUAGUUUGCUUUUGCUAAAUGUUUCUGUACUCUUUGCAAGAAACGCUAGCAAAUCGAGAAGCAGCCUACAAGAGUAGUAAGUUCUGACCUGUGUGUAGUUGCUGCGGUGAUGGCGGAGUCUAGUCCAAGACGAAGGUCGGCAGCGAGAAGCAACGGCAAUGAAGCAGAUUUAGCGGAGGGAAGCAGUGUGGAUGAUCAUUUGAAUCAUGAAAUAUCUCGGAACAGCAACACACCGCUCGAGAAAGAGCAGAGAAAGAGCCUGUUUUCGGCGUAUUUGCACUACCUUUUCUUCGGAUGGUGCAGCGGACAUCUGUUCUACCUUGGACGUGAUUUUCAUACGUUCGUGUCUGUUACAACGUUUGGCCGAUUCGGCCUGGGGAUUUUGAUGGACACGUGCUUUCUACCUCAGUACGUCGCCGAGGCAAACGAGAACUUGGAGACUCAGUACGUGUGGCGCAAGAGGGCGAAGCAGGGGUACAGUCGGUGUCCGCUGCUAGCGUGCAGCGUAGAGUGCUUCAGUCGUGCUGUGCUGCUCUACCUCACUGCUACCCUUUAUCUAUCGAUGGCUAAUCACUGUGUCCCGCUGGAUUUGGAACACAUCGACGUCAUCAUGGCUGUGCUGGAGGCACUGGGUGUCGGCUCGGCAGUGUGGCUGGUCGGCAACAUCGGAGUGACGGAGAUUGCGGCCGUGCCUGUGUUCGGCACGUCCCUUGUCGCCUCCUUUGUGCUACUCUUCACGGGUAUGGCCGAGAAUGAUCAACUGCUGUCGUUGGUUGCUGUGACGAUUGGCCUGGUGCUGGGCCGGUACCGAAAGCCACUGGACAGGUUCACGGCACGGCGCGCAUCCAAGAGCAGCGCCUGCAAGAGAUUCACGGUGCUGCUUCUUGGCUUAUCGAUCUACGGCGCCGUGAUGGGAGGUGUGCUGCUGUUCAAUGCGGAAGUGACGAACGAGGAGGGCCAGCAAAUCAAGCUGUUCGACGCGCUCAAGAACUUCUACAACUCACCCGCAUGGGAUCAGACGUGGGAGUCGUUUGGCAAGAUAUACGAGGAGGCCACAAGAGAGGAGACGGAGUACGAUCGCGAGAACCACGACCGCUGGGAGCGCUUCUUCAGCAAGUUCAAGGAUGUGUUUGAUGUAGAUGGUCAGCAGCGUGCUCUGCUGGAACUGGGGCUGUCGGAAAACGCAACCGAUGCCGAGAUCAAGGCAGCCUACCGCAAGAUGGCAAAGCUGUAUCACCCGGAUCGCAACCGCGAUGCGAACGCCAGUGAGAAAUUCAUGAAAUUACAGGAAGCAUACGAAACACUGCAACGUGUCCGAGAUCUGCGCAAGAAGUGACACCCUCUUCCACAAGACCGUGACAGUGGUUUAACGUUAGUCAUGGUCUGGGAGAAAUUCUGCAAGUGAUCACGCGAAGUUUCAGCUACUCGUUGGGCACGUCUUCUCGCAAUCCAUGUGUGUCUCUGCACGCGUGCGCGCACGUGUGUGUGUGUGUGUGUGUGGGGGGGGGGGGGGGGUUGGUGUGGUGUGUAUGUGUGUGUGUGUACAUGUUUGUGUUUGCAGAGAAGUUGGUGUGUUUGCACUCGUAGUGGGCACAAACCUGCCCGCCAAUGCCGAUACAUGCACUUGAACAGUUUUAUCUGCUGUACUCGACGAGCCGGCGUGUGCCACCAAGUAUCCAGCAAGAGUUCUACUCGAUUUGUGGGGCAGCACUGAGUUCAAUAUGAGGACUGUACUGCGUUGCCAAUUCCAAAUUUGUUUUGUUCUGUGUUCUCUCCCCCCCCCCCCCCCCCCCCCGUGGUAGCCUUGAAUGCAUUAAUUUUAUUCUUUUGUUGUGAAUCUUGUCUAGAAAAUAAUUCUUGGUGCUGUAAUGUGCCAUCGAUGUACAUACAUGAAUCAUCUUGUACACAACCUAUUGCAGCUGGGAUAGCCGUUCAACUUUAUUUCUGACUACCUGCAUUGUCCAUCUUUCCUCUGGCCACCUGCUCACCACUAUAACAGCAUUUCUGACAUCAGUGCUGCGCUGUUUUUUGCAUAUAUUAUUUCAAUUUAUUUGAACCUCGUUUGUACGGCCCUACUGUACAAGAUCUAGGAGCGCGGUGAUGUUAUUACAAAUACUUUACCGUGGCUUUUCUUGGCCAGUUUUAUCCAGCAAGGGUAGUGAUCAAGCAUACAUUGCUCCACUCGUGGAUUACAGCACACGUUAGCAUAUGCUUUUUUGUUUUAGUCAAACCAUUCAGAAUAUGCAUCAAGUUGUCUACCACACUCUUCAAAUUUCCAUGCUUGAAAGUUAAUUCAAUCAAGUCA